CGGGCACUGCCAGCCGCCUGCCCCCCGCACUGCCAGCCGCCUGCCCCCCCCGGCACUGCCAGCCGCCUGCCCCCCCCGGCACUGCCAGCCGCCUGCCCCCCCGGGCACUGCCAGCCGCCUGCCCCCCGCACUGCCAGCCGCCUGCCCCCCGCACUGCCAGCCGUUGCGCCAUGUCCAGGGACUCCGUGCAAAUCCCCGACGAUCGGGACUUCCAGACGUUCCGCACUGAGUGCUACUCGGACGCCGGUUGGACUAUGACCUACAGCAAAUCCGGGAUCACCGUGUGGAUCCAGAUCCUAGAGGAGGAGAGAGCCCUGCACAAGAUCAAGUGCAAGAUGGAGUGCAAGGACGUGUCGGCCGAGGUUCUGUAUGACGUUCUGCACGACAUCGAGUACCGAAAGAAAUGGGAUUCCAACGUUAUCGAGACCUUCGACAUCGGGAAACUGACAGUUAAUGCAGAUAUUGGAUAUUAUGCCUGGAAGUGCCCCAAGCCCCUGAAGAACCGUGAUGUCAUCACUCUGCGCUCCUGGCUGCCGUUUGGCAAUGAUUACAUCAUCAUGAACUAUUCUGUCAAACACGCGAAAUACCCUCCAAAAAAGGACUUGGUCAGAGCAGUGUCGAUCCAGACCGGGUACCUAAUCCAGAGCGGAGGGCCAAAGAGCGCCACCCUAAUCUACCUGGCACAGGUUGACCCCCGAGGAUCCUUGCCCAAGUGGGUUGUCAACAAGUCCUCACAAUUUUUAGCUCCGAAGGCCAUGAAAAAAAUGUACAAAGCCUGUGUGAAGUACCCCGAAUGGAAGAAGAAACACAAUCCCCACCACAAACCGUGGCUCUACCCAGAGCAGAGCACCCUGCCCACCAUCAGCCUGGCCGACGUGUCCAUACAACAUGCCGACUCUCUGGAGAACAUCGACGAGAGCAGCGCCACAGAGACCAAAGAUGACCGGGGAGAAGCUAGCGACGAGGACAGUGUCAACUGAGGCUCCAUCAGCUCUUGUCUUCUUCUUGGAGUCCUCCUCAUUAUCGUUCUUUGGACAACAAUGGGGGUCAAUGAUGGAGAAGGGACAAUGUGAGGGGGUAGAACGAUACAACCCAAGGCAACUCUGGGAUUCAGGACUUGUUGCACUCGUGGCUUCUUUGAUGGGAAAGGGGGCAACAGGUGGCCUUCAUGGUCUCCAGGAGAACCUGCACCCCCCCCCCUCCAGCUUUUGUUUUUUUUAAAUGUAUGUAAAGUCCAGUCUUUUCAGAAAAAAAGCUCAACUGAAUAGGAA